AUCCGGCGCAUGCGCAGUGCCGUCGUCAUGUUUGAAGCCGCACGAUGGGCGGAGAUCGUUGCUGUUUCCUUCCAAAAAAAUAAAAAUAAAAAAUCAACUGAUGAUCUACCCACGGGAAACGGCUCCCGUGCAGCGGCUUUAGAGCGACACGCCAGGACCUGAAGCGAUGGAUUGGCCGUUUGACAAGACGCAUUUACUCCGGCGACGUCGGAUCUGUCCGUUAUAAUCCCGCGGCCACGCCUCUGCCUCCAGAUUGAGAAGAUCCAGAACUUACGGGCUGCGUCUUUUAUGUGUUGAGUCGCGGUCCGUCUCGAUCACGUCAUGGAGCCCAGCAUGGAGUACAUAGUGGCCCAGGUCACGCAGAAGGAGGUCGGGCGACGGUUUCAAGUGGGCCCGGAAAUCAUAGACUACAUCCUGGACAGACAGAAGUCACGUGACCUGGAGCACGAUCAGAGCAUGCUGGACAGGAUGGUGGACGCUCUGGCAACCUCGUGGGUCAACGCCAGCAAUUUCAAGGUGGCGCUGCUGGGAAUGGACAUAGUAUCUGCUUUAGUGACCAGACUACAGGAACGCUUCAAAACACAGAUAGGAACAGUCCUGCCCAGUUUAAUGGAUCGUUUGGGCGAUUCCAAGGAUCAGGUUCGAGAUCAAGCGCAGUCACUUCUGUUAAAAGUCAUGGACCAAGCGGCCGAUCCUCAGUACGUUUGGGACCGAAUGCUGUCCGGCUUCAGACAUAAAAACAGCCGGACCAGAGAAGCUGUUUGCUUUUGCCUUAUUUCCACCCUUAACGUGUACGGCGCUCCCGGUUUAACCCUGAGUAAGAUCGUCCCUCACAUCUGUCACCUGUUAGGAGACCCGGCGGCUCAGGUUCGUGACGGAGCCAUGGCUUGUCUGGUGGAGAUCUACAGACACGUCGGGGAGAGAGUGAGGCUGGAUCUGGGGAAGAAGGGCCUGCCGCAGUCACGGUUGAAUGUGAUCUUCAGCAGGUUCGAUGAGGUCCAGAGGUCUGGGAACAUGAUCCUGUCCUCAGAUAAGAACAUGGACGAUGAUGAAUCGGUGGAUGGCGGUCGUUCUUCGUCUUCUUCUAAAGGAGCGUCGUCGGUGAGAAGGACAGGGUCCAUGCGAAGACCCAGCUCCGCGUCCAGCUCCAAGAGCUCAGGUAAGGAGAGCUCUGGUGCUGGUGCUGUUGAUGAAGAAGACUUCCUCCGUGCCUUUGAAGAUGUGCCCGCUGUACAGAUUUAUUCGAGUCGAGAGCUCGAGGACUCCAUGAACAAGAUCCGAGACAUUCUGUCCGAUGACAAACACGACUGGGAGCUGCGCGUGGCUGCUCUGAAGAAGGUGCGUUCUCUUCUGUUGGCCGGCGCGAGCGACUACGACGGUUUUCCGCAGCAGUUACGUCAGCUGGAGGGACCGUUCAAGCUCUCGGCUAAAGAUCUGCGCUCGCAGGUGGUGCGCGAGGCCUGCAUCACGCUCGGACACUUGUCGUCUGUGCUGGGUAAUAAAUUCGAUCACGGAGCCGAGAACAUCAUGCCAGCGUUACUGAACCUCGUCCCCAACAGCGCUAAAGUUAUGGCCACCUCCGGAGUGGCGGCGAUCCGUCUCAUUAUACGGCACACACACUAUCAUCGUCUCAUUCCCAUCAUGACCAGCAACUGCACGUCGAAAUCAGUGGCCGUCAGGCGACGCUGUUAUGAGUUUCUCGAUCUUCUGCUUCAGGAGUGGCAGACCAGUUCUCUGGAGAGGCACGUCGCCGUCCUCAUGGAAACCGUUAAGAAAGGAGUUCACGAUGCCGACUCCGAGGCCAGAUCGGUCGCCAGGAAAUGUUACUGGGGCUUCCACGCCCACUUCAGUAAGGAGGCGGAGCUUCUGUUCCAGGCUCUGGAGCUGACCUAUCAGAAGGCUCUGCAGUCUCACCUGAAGAGCUCCGACAGCGUCCUGUCUCUUCCUCAGUCCGACCGCUCGUCCUCCAGCUCACAGGAGAGCCUGAAUCGACCGCUGUCUGCUAAAACACCCGUCGGGAGCGGCUCGGGCAAAACUAAAGUGGUGAGUGGUCGCGCGUCCUCUUCGUCCGGCUCUCUCCAGCGCUCACGCAGCGACGUGGACGUCAACGCCGCGGUCAGCGCCAAAUCCCGAAUGCCGGCUGUGGCCUCUAGCGCCCCCUUCAGCUCAGCCGCGGCACUGCCGCCCGGAUCCUACGCCUCUCUCGACGCUGCUGGUAAUGUGGAGGGUCGCGUGCGAACGAGACGACAGAGUUCAGAGACUACGGCCGGGGGCGGGGCCUCUGUGACGGACAGCAGGGGGCGGAGCCGAGCCAAGGCUGUGUCCCAAUCACAACGAUCCAGAUCGGCUAAUCCGGUGGGGGGUAAAGUUCACGCGGGCAGCCGCUCCAGUUCUCCCGGGAAGCUCUUGGCCCGCUCUUCCGUGAGGAUCCCUCGAUCAGCCGGAUCGUCCGGAGCGCCGUCCGACAAGCGCAGCAAGAUCCCUCGCAGUCAGGGCUGCAGCCGAGAGACGAGCCCCAGCCGCGCGAGAGACGUGCGGGCCAGUCGUAUCCCGCGGCCCAGCAUGAGUCAGGGCUGUAGUCGUGACACGAGUCGGGAGAGCAGCAGAGACACCAGCCCGGCUCGAGGGUUCAGUCCUCUGGCAUCCCACAGACACUCUCGCUCCACCAGCGCUCUGACGGCCGGAGACGUCCUGCAGACAGACCGCUUCGGACUCAUCCAUCAGGCCAUGCGGAUCUUGAACACGGGCACGGAGGUGGAGGCGGCCGUGGCAGACGCUCUGCUUUUAGGAGACUCCAGGAAUAAGCGGCGGCCGAUGCGGCGGCGUUACGAAUCACCCGGCGUGUACUCGGAUGACGACGCUAACAGCGACGCGUCCAGCGCCUGCUCGGAGCGCUCCUUCAGCUCUCGAAACGGCGCCGGGCCGCAUUACCUGCGUCAGACGGAGGACGUGGCCGAGAUCCUGAACCACUGCGCCAGCUCCAACUGGUCCGAGAGGAAAGAGGGGCUGCUGGGACUCCAGAACCUGCUGAAGAGCCCCAGAGUGCUCAGUCGUGUGGAGCUGAAGAGACUGUGUGAGAUCUUCACCCGAAUGUUUGCAGAUCCUCACAGCAAGAGAGUGUUCAGCAUGUUCCUGGAGACGCUGGUGGACUUCAUCACGCUGCACCGAGACGAUCUUCAGGACUGGCUCUUCAUCCUGCUCACGCAGCUGCUCAAGAAACUGGGGGCCGACCUCCUGGGCUCCGUUCAGGCCAAAGUCCAGCGGGCCCUCGACGUCACCAGGGACUCUUUUCCGUACGACCAGCAGUUCAACAUCCUGAUGCGGUUUAUCGUGGAUCAGACCCAGACCCCGAACCUCAAGGUGAAGGUGGCCAUCCUGAAGUACAUCGAGUCCUUGUCGAGGCAGAUGGACCCGUCGGACUUCGUGAACUCGAGCGAGACGCGGUUAGCCGUAUCCCGGAUCAUCACGUGGACCACGGAGCCCAAGAGCUCGGACGUCAGGAAGGCUGCUCAGAUGGUUCUGAUCGCCCUGUUUGAGCUGAACACCCCAGAGUUCACCAUGCUGUUAGGAGCCCUGCCCAAAACCUUCCAGGACGGAGCCACUAAACUCCUGCACAACCAUCUGAAGAACAGCAGUAACGCAGCAGCAGUGUCCCAGGCGUCUCCCAGCGGCGCGGGACGGACCCCUCCGCGGCCCCCAGGGACCCGCAGCAGCCCGCUGACCUCACCCACCAACGGCUCUCACGGGGGACUGUCACCCAGUCGUUUGUGGGGCCGGAGCUCAAAGCCUUCUUCUAACCUCCCUCCUCCCUACCCCGGCCCUGCCACCCCCCCUCUCCGGGCCUAUCGGAGGGCGUAUUCGCCCAGCAUGCUGGAGUACGACACAGAGAACAUGAACUCAGAGGAGAUCUUCAGCUCGCUGAGAGGAGUUACCGAAGCCAUCCAGAGCUUCAGUUUCCGCAGUCAGGAAGACAUACUCGAUCCCAUCAAGCGUGACGGCAAGAGGGACGAUACAACCGGUCUGGCGUCGUCCAGUGCAGAUCCUCGUCUGACCGCUGCUGUGAUCGAAGGAGGCCGGCCGGCGCUGGACAACAAGACGUCGCUGUUAAACACGCCGUCCCCUCGAACGUUCAGCGGCCCGUGGGCUCGAGAAUACAACCCGUACAACUACAGCGAGUCCAUCAGCGCCUACGAGAAAGGAGCCGUGUUCGACGACGCGGAGCACAUCCGAGACGCUCGUCCUCAGGACUGCGGAGAAAACAAGAUCCUGCAUCCCAAAGGUUUUUCUGCAGGACCCGGGCAGCACCUGGAGAUGGUCGGUGACCUGCUGAAGGAGCUGUCCAAUCACAGCGAGCGCGUGGACGAGAGGCGGGCCGCUCUCCUGGAGCUGUUAAAGGUCACGCGUGACGACAGCCUGGCCGUCUGGGAGGAGCAUUUCAAAACCAUGCUGCUGCUGCUGCUGGAGACGCUCGGAGACAGAGACCACACCGUCCGAGCGCUGGCCCUGAGAGUCCUCAAGGAGAUCAUGCGCAGUCAGCCGGCGCGCUUCAAGAACUACGCAGAGCUCACCAUCAUGAAAACCCUGGAGGCCCAUAAAGACUGUCACAAGGAGGUGGUGCGGGCAGCAGAGGAGACGGCCUCCACGCUCGCCGGGUCCAUCCACUCAGAGCAGUGCAUCAAGGUGCUGUGUCCCAUCGUCCAGACGGCAGACUAUCCCAUCAACCUCGCCGCCAUUAAGAUGCAGACCAAAGUAAUCGAGCGCAUUCCCCAGGAUUCCCUGAUUCAGCUCCUGCCUGACAUUAUCCCCGGACUCUUACAGGGUUAUGAUAACACAGAGAGCAGCGUACGCAAGGCCAGUGUGUUUUGUUUGGUGGCCAUUUACUCGGUGAUCGGUGAAGAUCUGAAGCCUCAUCUCCAGCAGCUGACCGGCAGCAAGAUGAAGCUGCUGAACCUGUACAUCAAGCGAGCUCAAACCACCACCAACAGCAACAGCAGCAGCUCUUCGGACGUCUCGUCUCACAGCUGAAGAUCCGGCACAUUAGCGAGUAGAUCUCUAGCUUCACGUGCGCGUUCGCUUCAUUAACUCCACGUGGUUCAUUGAACAGGUGCAGACACUAAAGUGUGUGUGUGUGUGUGUGCGCAGCAGUCGUGCCUCUGUGUGUAAGACAAACCGUUUUUAUCGCUCUUUUACCGUUGCCAUGACGAUUACCGUCCUCAUAUUCAAAGCACACGUAACGUUCUUUCCGAUCGGCCAAUCAGGAGUCGUCUUACCUCUCUCUAGUGAAUGUAACGCCCGUUUUUACGUCGUUAACGCUGCUGCCUAAACUUCUCUAGGACGCCCUUUUAGUGCCGACGUUCAUUUUUUGGGCAUUUAAGAAUAUGCAAGAACCGAGAUUGUAUUUGUACAGUAUUCGUUUUGUUCCCGGCCGACAGACGGAGAGCUCUCGACCGUAAGAACGAGGGAUACACCGCUAACAUGGAGCUUUAGAAUAAACGUGAUUUAAGGACCGCAAAAUAUACAAUUUGGUAAUCUGAGGUAUAGAUAAUCCGAUGAAUCUUCCUCAGACGCGACAAAGCCGAAUCCCUAAAGACUCGCUCGCACGCACACAAUGCGUUUAAUGCAAAGCAGAAGCUUUUUAGCACCAAAAACAAUCCAGUUUGGAUUCUUACUAGUUAACCCGGCCGUGGUGGUUUAGUCGUUUUCUACCUGGUUUUAAAUCUUGGUGCUUGAAUGAAUCGCCCCGUGCUUCUUCUGGACGUUUACCUUCGGUUUUUCCUUUCUCCGCUUUGAUUUUAAAAGCCUUCCGGCGGCCUCUGGAAAGAAAGUCACACUAUUCAGUCUCGUCAGAGGUCCCAAAGAACACCGCGCGCUAAAAAUGCGUAAAAUCCUUCUAGCAGUGGCUUAUUUGGAUUAAGCAAAGAUAAUAUAUUUUAAAGGUGAUUUCUGGACUCUGCAUGCAGGCAAUCGAUUCGGUCUUUCACCACACAAGCGGUUCACCUCGUUAUACGUGAAGCUAAGAGAAUCAAAUCUGAUAUUUGUAAAUACUUUAUAGUGCACUGCUUGAAUCUUUAAGUCCGUUUGACCAGAGCGACCCGGAGCGUUGAGUAAAGCCCUGAUUGAUUAACUGAAGGGAGAUGCAUUGGCGCUUUUUUAGAUCGAGACGUAGAGCUUCACACGCUGCGCAUGCUUCUGUUUAUUAUCCACGUCUGUAUUUAUUUGACACCGCGGCUGUAUAUACGCUCACCUGUGUAGGAUUUUCUCUAGAUAAAGCAAACCCGAGUUUUCCA